GGGGGGGACAAAAGGCUUUCCUGUUUAGCAACAACUGAAGCGACGCCCUGAACAAAGCAAAUAGAGGACAAGGGGUUGCUAGGAUGAAAUUGUAUGCACAAUAUUUGGAUAAUUUUACAUCAUUGUUUCCAGUAUUUCUGCUGUGGCCUUGCCAGGUUCUGGAUCAUGUCUCUGUGGGAGGCCCGCUGGCCGGGAGGAAAGAAGGCGUGAAGGAGGAGUGAGCGAGAGAGAAGCGUGGGUAGCUUUUUUUUUUUUUUUUACUUCUUUCCUUUCUUCAGGAGUCAAGAGGCCGAAAAUGGGACUAGUCGCCACCUCGCUCACACUGCUGUGUUUGUGCUCGCUGGGCUUGUGUGUGCCUGCUGGGAGGCCAGAACCAACGCAGGUGUCUCAUCUAGAGGUGAAAAAGGCGAGAGGCGAUGUUCCAGACACCCAUCCUGUUCCCGAACCGGAGCCGACCAACCCGACGUCGGACUUUGAAAACUCCUACAACUAUGUUUUGUCCCGACUGGCCGGGAUCGACCAGGCCAUCCACAAACUCAACGUGGGACAUUACACUCUGGAUGUUCAAGUGGGACAGAUGAUGGAGCAUCUGUCCAGGAUGGACCCAAAAGUCUUUGAGCUGGAGGACAAAAUCCGUGAAGUCUACCAGCACAGCAAAGACAACCGCAAGGAGACCGGAAGACUAGAAGGUUGCCAGAAGGGUCUGAGGGUGGGCUACAAGUGUUACCUGGUCUACAACACCUAUGAGGACUAUGCUGGGGCUUCCAGAAAGUGCCUCGAUCGCGGCGGGCGCAUGGCGAUGCCCCGUGACCGGCGUGAGCAAGAGGCGCUUGCCCACUACACCAAGUCCUUCUUCCACCCGGGCAACUGGCCCGUGUGGUUGGGCAUCAACGACCUGACCUCCGAAGGCCAGUACAUUUUCGACGACGGUACGCGGGUUUCCUACUUCCAGUGGCGCAAGCACUUCCUGUCCAGCCAGCCCGACGGCGGCAAACGGGAAAACUGCGUGGCCAUGUCGUCGGACGACGGCGACUGGUGGGACCACUACUGCGAUCGCACCAUGAACUAUCUGUGCGAGUUUGAUGACAGGGUGGCGCUCUAGAUAUGGACUUCGACACCAAAUUUGUUGGUGUUCAUUGUAAUUCCAAACAAGCCUGAUCAAGUCUCUACAGUUGAUUCUGAUUACAAGUUUGACUCAAUUGAGUACAUAUGUGCGUAACUAUGCUGACAAACAAAAACACAUUCAAACAAGCCAAAGCUAAUUAAUCUUGCUGAUUGAUCGUAAAAACAAGUUGUUUGUUGCCUUAGUUGUUGCGUAAAACAGACUUUGCAAAAGCUACAUUGUUGCCAGGAUGAGACAUGCAAACAAACAAUGGAGGAAAACGAGCGGAGGACAUUUUAUCUAAGAGGACACUGAGGAGUAUAACAUUGCAACAACAGGCUAAGCUUACAUCAGCAUGUUUAUUUUUGGCAUUUCUAACCAUGUAACUCAAAAUGUUACAAUUUGCUCAACCAAUAGGCUACUAUCAACAAUUCCCAUUGUCCAUAAUGUAUCAGGUCAGCAUCCCAGCUGACCAGAUACUUGAAAUAGUACCUGCUUUUGCCAGUGGAAAAGCAUAAAUAACCAGGUAGUUAGCAGUGCUUGUCAUUCAUUCAUACACUUGUGGCGGACCGCCUCAAAUAAAUUUGGUACUACCUGGCUCGCUCAUAUACAUAACGCACCUGAUAUACACGACAAUAGGGAGAGAUCAGUGCUGCCAACUUAGCAUGUUUGUCUUGACAUGUAAAACAAAAAAGAAACGACAGAUGAACAUUUGUUUGUAGUUCCAAAAUUAUUUGUUUUGCUUUUCAUGUCAUUUUUAGUCGCUUUUUGCAAAUGCAACAUUGCCCAUUAUGCAAUUUCGACAAUUAGGUUAUUACAUUCACCUCCACCACAAAUAGACUGUAGUUCUAUGGGAAACACUUAUCAUGCAGUGGAAAAGAAGCUGGAGAUUUACCACUAGUGGUGAGGGCGCCGGCUGGCUAAAGGGAGUAAUGCACAUUUAAGACACUUUUCUUACAGCAACAAAGAAUGUUAAAACAUUUUUAAACACAUCAUUUAAAGCUUUUUGACAAUGUCGUAUCGGUAUUUUACGACUUGUAUUAAUCUGGUGAUGUCAGCAUAUUGGUUAUAAAGUUACACUGUUGUACUUCCACAGAGCUUUUGUUUUUUAUGUCGGAUUUGGGGUCUCUGAGGGCUGAGAUAAUCCUUACAAAUAUUAGUGCAAAUUCUGGUGAAGGGCGGGACUCGUGUUUGACGGCUGACUCAGCGCCGAGAUUCUCCUCCUAAAAAGUCUUCAUGUUGUAAAAAGUGCACAUUAAAAGCUGAAUGUAUGCAAUUAAUCUUUAUUAUCAUUCAAUGUUUACUCAUAUUGCCCUUAACCACAAAUGCUUCAAAAGGCUGCACAAACCACCACUACAUCCUCGACUCUUAUCCCAAAUCAGGGCAGGAAAAAACUCAACCCAAUGGGAACAAUGAGAAACCUUGGGAGGGAAGGGAUCACAGUGACCUGUGCAUUAAAAAAGGCCAAAUUUGAUUGUUCUUCACUGAAUGUUUUUUUUUUAUAAGUUCAAACAGCUGAUUAUUUACAUCUUAUUCCUUAUCAAAAAUUAAGCGUAACUAUCUGUAUUGCACUUCAUGACCACAGGAACACGCCAAACCUCAACCACAAAGCUAAAAUCAAUUAUCACACAUAAAAGCAGAUUGAUCAAAACACUGAUCUAAAAACGAGGAGCGGACAUCUUCGCCCCACUCUUUGGCAUCGGUCGCGCCUCAUCACAACAGAGUGAGGGCGAGGCGUGACGUCAUCAGCGUGGGUCGAAGCGGAGCUCAACUCGUGUUCAAAGUAAGUGAUCUAACCUAACCUGGCUGGAAUGUGUAAGGUUUCUUCUGCAGUUAGCGGGCAGUGUCAGACGCCUCUAGGAUACGGCUAAUGGAGGGCCGGUCCAUCGGGGUUUUACACUGGUGGAACAGGAGGAUUUGGUUGGCUUUGCUCAACAGGAAAUCUCCUCCCAUCUAGAAGAAUACAUUAAACAUGAACAUUUAACAGAUGAUCAAAAUAUACUAAUUAAAAAAAAAGAAUGAUUAUUGCAAUGAAAACUAAGAGUCAAGACAAACCCUUUCAUUAAAGCAUAUACCUCCUUGACGCUGGUCGUCGGCCAUUUUAGUUUUACUUGGAUCCCAUUUUUGAGGAGAGUUGGGUCAGUUGCAUUUCCUUGUUUUUUGUAAUGUUCUAAUCCGGCACAUGUUUAUUUUGGCAGUAGAAUGUGUCGCGGGCCAAUAAAAGACAAAACAAGUUGCAGGCUGCAAAUGGUCCCCAGGCCAAACUUUGGACACCCCCAGAGGCGUAAUAACAGAUUUAAUGUUAACAAACAAUCUGCUAAGGUAAGACAUUUGUCAAACAUUGAAUAAUACACGAGAUAAAUAAUUACAAUGAUCAGGUUUCUAUCAACUUUGAGACAUUUUCGUUCGGGGUUUCCCAAAUCCAAUUCGAUAUUGAUAUCGGUCUGAUAUCCGCAAAAAACAAGUAUUGGAUGACAUUAGCUUGCAUCAAAUAUAAGCAGUCCUGCAGCAUGUUUACUUGUGCAAAGCUGGACAGCCAAUUAACAUCUACAGUAAAAGUCCUCCAAUAAGCACACAGAUGUUUUUUAGUCAUUUACAAAAGGUAAACAUGGUAGGCUACUAGUAGCUCUCAGCUACACAACAGCUAAGCACACAAGCUAGACCAUCCAUCCACCCAUUUCCUACCGCUUAUUCCCUUUGGGGUCGCGGACCACUGCUUCUCAAAUAUUUUUUGUUAAGAGAGAGUAUGGCCAAACAAUCUCCUAAAUGAUUGGUCAAAAUCCCCUCACGUGACUACAGGACGCCAUGUUUGGGGCCAACUCUGAAACAGAAUUGGCCAUACUCUCACUAUACAGCAUACUUGCCAACC